AUGGCGUUUCCGGCCCUCAACAGCGCACCUGUGCUUUCUACACCGGAUACGCAUAUCUUUGAAGACCCCACACCUGCUGUAGAUCCCUCAAGUCUCCUCAGACUGUCUGACGAGCAAGUCGCGCUCACAUAUGAGAUUGAACGAACCGUGAAGGAGAUUAAAGAGGGGAGAUGGAAAAGGAUCGCGUUGCAGUUCCCGGAUCAUAUGCUUACCGAUGCGCCGAGGGUGUAUGAGAGGUUGACGCGAGGCUUGAGAGAGGCGAAAAAGGUGCAGAAUAGCGCUCAAGAGAAGGAUGAACCGCCGAAAGAGGCAGCAGCCGAAGAAGACAUCAAUGCUAAGCUGAGCAAAAUCACAAUUAGCGAAGUACAGGAAGAGGAGGAGAGGCUGUUCAUACUAGGAGACACAUCAUAUGGCGCGUGUUGUGUGGAUGAAGUGGCGGCUGAGCAUGUCGAUGCAGAUGUCGUUGUACACUAUGGACGCUCAUGUCUUUCUCCUCCCUCACGAUUACCCGUCAUAUACGUCUUCACGGAACGACCACUUGACCUAGACCCUCUUGUAGCAACCUUUACAGAGACAUAUCCAGAGAAAGACUCGAAAGUCAUCCUCAUGGCAGAUAUACCCUACUCGCAUCACAUCAGUUCUCUCUACAGCCGCCUCCACGAAGCAGGCUAUACCAGCAUCUUCGCUACAAAAAUCGCACAUGACCCCUCCUCGCCUCUACCAAAUCGAACGAUACCUGAAAAAGCCACCGACUCCCCAGACACGCUGCGCGAGUACGCCCUCUUCCACAUCUCUGACCCACCAACAUCGCUGCUCCUCACCCUCUCUUCCCGAGUCGCCUCAAUACACAUCUACCCUACAGAUACCGUAUCGCCCACCGCCUCCUCCGCCGACCGCUCAACAGCCAUGUCCCUCCGUCGCCGCUACGCCCUCCUAACCUCUCUCUCUACAACCCCCAUUUUCGGCAUCCUGAUCAACACGCUCUCCGUCAAGAACUACAUGCACAUCCUGGCGCACGUGCAAAAGCAAAUCAUCGCAGCCGGAAAGAAGUACUACACCUUCGUCGUCGGCAAAGUCAACGCCGCCAAAGUCGCAAACUUCAGCGAAGUCGGCGGAUGGGUGGUUAUCGGGUGCUGGGAAUCGAGUUUGAUCGAAAGUAAAGAUUUCUGGAGACCGAUGAUUACGCCGUGGGAGUUGGGGAUUGCGCUGCAGGGGGAUGAAGAGAGGGUUUGGACGGGAGCGUGGGAGGCGGACUUUGAACAUGUGCUUGCGCAGGAGAUACCACAGAAAAGCGGGAGCGAGACUGCGGAUCAAGCACCAGUGGAGAUGGCGGAAGAAAAUGAGGCUGGGGAAUACGAUUCAGAAGAAGAAUCCGCGCCUCCCGAAUUCGACCUCAGGACUGGCAGAUAUGUCUCGCACUCAAGACCUAUGCGCUCUGCCGCUACCGUCAAAGAUUCUGCCCAAGCGCCUUCAAAUGGCCAACCUACACCGGCCAGUACGGCGCUGACAAAACGUGCCAACGGCGACAUUGCGGCUGUAGGUGGCGUCGCAUCGCCGGGUGCGGAGUACUUGCGCUCACAGCGGACGUGGCAGGGCUUGGGCAGUGACUACAGAGGCGAGGAAGACGAGGGUCGGGUCGAUGGGCAUGCGGCGAAGAUGGAGGAAGGUAGACGUGGGGUUGCGAGGGGGUAUGUUGUUGGUGAUGAGGGGCGGAAACAUUGA